AUGGCCCCCAAAAAAAUUAUCACGAUUCCGCUAAAGCCCAGCCCGGAUGAGCACGACCUAAUCCCCCAAAAUCCAAUCCGUAAGCUUCUGUUCACCGAACUACUUACUUGCAACACGCACUCGAUGCCGGCAUUUGACCACACCAAGAACCACCCAGACAUUGAUGAUGGCGAUAAUGAUGAUCAACCUGAGUCCCAAUACGCAUUGUCGACCACUGGAACUAGCUCUUUGACCGGGAUCCUACAAGCCGCUCAGGUCUUCGAUAAUACUAAAAUCGACGGGGAGGUCAGUGAGAACGCGGAUACUAUAGAUGAAGUAGGCACAUCAUUCCGUGUAAUACUAUAUCCAGGAAAACCCCCUUUUGCCCUCCAGACCAUCCUUCCCGCGAGUGAGCGUUCGUUUAGAAUCUACUUUCAUGGAAAUAACAAGCCGCUAUACGCUUUCGAGGAUCUUUGUCGAUCGGCAAAGGAAAUGGAUGUUCUAAACAUCUUGAAGGCGGCCUCUUUCGUGUUGGAUACGGAAACACUUUCGGGCUUAUUCAAGGCUAUCUCGAUGUUGAACGGCCAUGUCAUCCACGGGAAAAAUCGUAAAGAGAGCGGCGCCUACAAGUCUGCGAACGAUCAUUACAAAGAUACUUUGAAACCAGCUUGGUCGAUAGGAGCGAGCGAGGGAAAUACGCCAACUCAACUCAACGUUUACAAACGCGUAGUUUCGUACGUCUUCGGCAGUACCUCCUUGGUCGUGGAAGACGAAAUGCAAGUAUCAAGGACGAAUAAUGCCUGCAAGCUCUUAGAGACGUCCCAACUCAAGCAUCAAGAUUGUGAAGACCCAGAACAAGACAGAGCCGAGAAGGAAAUCCUUUUUCAGGGUCAAAACCCCCACCAUGUUUUUGAGGGGCUAAGACUCUGCGUGAGUCCCGAUCUAAACGAGGAUAGGAACAUUAUGAUGUCCCAGUUGUGGUUUUCCCACUCAAAACACGCACUUGUCGCAAGGUACAGAAAGCCUUUCAAGGUUGAUAGCGGGUUCCCGGUUUCGAACUUUGCUGGCUACCCUACCUAUUUCGAUGGCGGAGGGAUGCAAGAGUCGGAUGAGGAGGCCGAAGAUGGGGAAAUAGAAGAUGAAAAGGAUGGCAAGGCACAAAAUCGAAAGCAGACUGGAGAUGAUUGGGGGGGAAAGAAGGGGAAGGCAAAGGACACUGGGGGUAAUCAAGCCGGGGGUUCACUCGUGGACAGAUGGGCGGCCGGCCAAGAUGUGAACGAUGACCUCAAGGAACUUGAGCAACUACUCCUCCGAAUCAAAAGACUUGCUAUCACCGAAGCGAAAAAGGGCCACAACAAAUUCAUCCUGAAGCAUCUAAGAUGGGAAAUGGAUUCGCUGGUAGUUAGAAUUUCCUUAAGGUGA